CGUUGUUUCACCGCACAACAACAUCUUCGGAACAAGAACACAAUUUAGAUAGGGAGUGCAUCAGCCGUGGUUUCGGAGGAGAUAUUUUUAUCUUGGAAAGAGCGACAACCACAGGGACUGAUGCCAGAGGAAACCUCUUCGGCGGAAGGGGACUCGGCCGUGGGAACCCCUCGACCUGGGCUGUCCGAGACACACGCGGUACUCGCCCACCAUUCCAAGUUCAUUUCAGAUAAUUUCGACAAGUUGUACAACGAAAUUGAGCUGUUAAAGGAUAGCAUGGGAUCUGCACAGUUCAUGCUGCAAAAAGAGUUGAGGGAGAAGUUUCAGGCCCACGACGAUCGAUACGCGGCGCAGAUCGGGUCCCUGGAGGGCCAAACCGAGUUCCAGAGCGUGAGUUUGGACAAUCUGCGGCAGAUCCAGCACAAGUCGCUGUGCACGCAGAUCGACGAGCUCCGGAACCACGUCGGCGUGCUUUUCUUCCGCUCCUGUUAGUGACCGGAGAAACCGGCUAUUCUCCGGUCUGCCACCGGCGCCCACCGGUUAGACAUAUGGAUGGAUGAAAUAAUGUGGACGAAUUAUAUGUCAUACAUCCUUCUUGCUUCGCGGUCCCUUUCGUUCCCUUGUUAAAUGGGGUCCAGAGAACGCCGAGAGUGCCCAAAGGACAUGCAUUAUUAAUUUUGUGGUUUUUUGCCAGAGUAUUUUUAGAAUGCACUAAAUUUCAUGGAUUUGGAAUACAUACCAGUUGUGUCGUUUGUCUACACUAAAUAAUCUCAGGUAAUAUAAUUAAGUUUUACUGCGAAUAUAAUGGUUCAACCUUUUUAGUAUAUUCUACAAGGAGAAUACAGUUUCUGUAUGGAAAUAAAACCACCCACUUGUAGUGUUGGGUUUUUAUUUCCUUUUCUUAGAAACACAAAAAAUUAAAUAAAUAAAUAAAUAAAAACAAAAACCGAUUCAUAAUUUU